AUGAUUGGUGCAGGUGCAGUGAAACCGCCGCCAGCGAAGAACACGACAGUCACGAGCACGGGAAGACUUCUCAUGGUGCGACGACGUCUUCAGCCGAAUCUCCUGGCGAUGCUUAAGUACGCGCGGCCAGUGGGCCGGCCCCGUGGUUUCUUUCUGCACUCUCAUCGUCUUUUUCAAGUUUAGGAACAAGCGUGAGCGCGAAAAAACAGCCGCCGAAGAAGUUCGUCCCUCCCCUUGCCUCCGUCCGCGGUAACACCGUUUUGGUAUGGUUAUCUUUUCUCUCGGUUUGUCGAUGAUAUCUUAGUGAUUUUGCUAGUAGGACGAAAAAAGGUGCUCGAAGAACUUUUUUCCCCCGCUUCCGUUCAAAAUUGACCGUAAACGAUUCUUUCAAAACCUUGUUUAUUUGGGAGAUCUUGGAAAAUAUAUAUGAAAACUUCAAAAAAAAAAAGUUCAAAUCUGUACUUUUUGAGUUUCGACGCUUCAAAAUUCUAGGCUGCGACUUUCAAGCUUUCGGAAGAUGAGAAGCUGUUUUUUUAGAUUUUUAUUAUUACCAUAUAAACAUUUUGUCAUUAUUAACGUUUUUCAACUUUUUCUAUAAUAUUUAUACUACUGCGAAAUCGACCCUUGUUUAUUGAUGUGAUAGAAAACGACAACAAGGGAAGAAAAGACGGAGAAAGCUUACAAAAGUGCCGAAAUGAGGCGUCAAAAUCCAGAUUUUCAAGUGCUUUCGUGUCACUUUCGCCCUCCUAGCCAUAGGACUGCCCGGUAAUUCGCGUUUUUUCGAGACAUCUUUUUGGAAGGGAAAUCAACAAGCGGUUGAUGUUGCGGAGAAAGAAAGAAAGGCUUGUCCUUGGGAAUUUGACUGUUUUGCAUAUUUUGCAACCUUGCAGCUUUUUUUUUUCGAGGCGAGAAACCAGAGAAACUGAUUUUUUCUUCGAAAUCUGCGUUUCAGUUUGAAAUUAGGCGAUUCAGAGCAAUUAUACAGAGGUUUGAUGAGUAAUUAAACCUCCAUAAGAAUAAAAGAUUCCAUCACUUGGGAUUAAAUUUAGAAGACGUUAAUUUAAAAUUAUUCUGAAAAUUUGGUCGCCAGAUGUAGUCGCUCGAAGUUUCAGCCUGCAAAGAGAUCCAAGCUUUCGAAAAUGGAGACUCAAGAUCAAGUAGAAUUGUUAUUUUAACUUUCAAAUGGCGAGUUUUGGGCUUCUCCUUCUCAAAAAUCAUCUCUCUGUCAAGGCUGAGACUCUCAAGAUAUUCAUUCAUCAGAAUUUCCGUAGCUUGAACUCUGGUAAUGUUGGAUCCACUAUACUGAAGCUUAUCUUCAUCAAUUUCGAACUAACCUCACAUUUAAUAACGAUUCGGCAAUAGAGGGAAACAUCAAAGCGAUUUUUAAUUUGAACAAAAUGAGGGUCGCUCCGCAAUUCGAUUCUUCUCGGAUCAGAUUAGCCUUCGAGGAUCGGGAGUGGCAUCAGGAGAAGACCGCAACAACUCGAGGUGUCGUCUCCUCUUUGCCGAUCGCCAUCUCCGUUGAUUUUGGCCGAGAGCAACUGGUUCGAUCACGUCAUUCGUCUAAAUUGAGGCUUUCCGAGAAGGCCCUCGAGCUUUUCAUCAGGAAGAGACGUUAGUAGUACUCCAAUUAGAGAAAAAUAGACAAAAUUUUCAGAUUGAAGUGACUUGAGGACCAGAAAAAGCUCAGACGAUUCCGAUUCACACAGUCUGAAAUGGUAUGAAAAUUUUCAGAAAUUUCUUAAAACAGGCAGAAAUUUUAUUAUUCUUUUUUCGUACCUUUUCAAUAGUUUUGCUUUACUCAUUUCCAUGAAAGUUAGAAACAGAGUUCAAACCAUUAUUGAUACGUUUAACACUGAAAUAUGAAAUAAAGCGUUCUGGGUUUUUUUUCUAUCGAUUUUGACAAUGUUCAUCUCCUGUUUGAGCUCGUUUUGAUGAUGUUUUCAGAAAAUUUGAACCAGAGAAACACCUUUUUUCUUCUUCCUUACUAUACUCAAUUCCAAUAAAAACGCACUACUGUAGUGAAACCUUGUUUCUGUUAGUUUAAUUAGUUCCCAUAAAAGGAGUGUCAACGAGUUCUCAAUUAAACACGCAGUUGAAUCUGUUGGACUGCCUGGCUGGGUAGCGCCGUAAUUGCAAACGAACUACUGUUUUUUGUGCGCCGCUUUCUUCUAGCCGCCUUCCCGGAUCGGCGCAGAAGGCCUAAUAAUCAUAACGAUAAUCAUAAGGAUUUUAUGGACCUCCCACGGAGACGAGUCCAACAAACGACACCGAAGUCCUAAAUUGGCUUCUACUAUCGCCGCCGACGACGGCCAUUUCGAGUCUUCUUUGGGAAAACGGACCCUGAAAGAAGGUCUUCCGUUCAUAAAUGUCGUAAUUAAACAUUAAAGUUGAGCUUUUAAUCUUUCCGGACAUUAAAUAAAUGGAAACUCCGAACUCGUUUGAAGUAUUUCAUUUGUAACCCAUAUUAAUAAAUAUUCUAAAUAUGUAUGACUAGAUUAAGUUUAGAUUAUUCUGUGAGGUGCAGAAACUUUUUUUUUUUGGAACCAAAAUCUAGCUAUAAGUCCAGUUGCAACAAAUUAUUAUUAGAAAAUUAUUUUAUUCAUCUUAAUAUUUUUUUUUGUUUCCUCUGAGAUCUACAAGUGGUGAAGUUAAAGGAAAUAGAAACUUUUUAAAAACUGACUUUUGUGUUCCAAGCAACAGAAAUCGUAUAUUAUCUUAAUAACGGUGGAAAUUGUCUAAAAAUUCUUAUGAAACUUUUCUACGUUUUUUCAAACAGCCUAGACAGAAUUUCAAGCAUGUAUGAGUAGUAUGACUGUUGAAAACUCCAGAAAAGAAAAAUAUCAAACAUUGUAUUUUAAGUCAAUGAUAAACUUUCCGCGUUUCAUUUCUUCCCCCUGAUGUUUCUAACCACAGAAAUGAAGUUCAGCUGAAAAUUCGGAAACCUCAUUUAUCGCCAGAAUCGCCAUAAUUCAACUUUUUCUCUUGAGAGAUAGUUCCGAGCGAUAAACCGCUGUUCGAAGUUCAAUGAAACAUCCAUCGAGUUGAUUCGUCUAGAAGAAUAAAUAGGCGUAAAUUUUAAUAAGAGAUACCAAUUAUCAACAAAAAAAUAUUAUUGACGAGAAAAAUUAAAGGCGAAGUUUAGCUCUCAAAAAGUCUAAGAAAUUUCAUUUUGACGAAAAUUGUGUUUUAUGUUUUAUUACCCAACAAAACCUAAAUCGAAAGUCUAGUAAAAGUGGAUCGUUAUCCGUGAUUGAAUCUUUGACGCCGAAGAAUCGAAAAGAAUGGCAGGACCCAGCGAAACUUUUUUUUUCGAUUCGAAAUGACCGUCGGAUCGAACGAGAUCUGUUGUCAAAUUGCAUAGCUUGCAGAGUGUUAUAGCUUAUUCUCGCAGUUCCCAACUUUCUUUUGUGCGAAAAAGUUUUAUUCAUGGGGCGAAAAAUAUACAAAAAUUGAAUAACUAAGAAAAAAAACAAUACCGAUUUCUAAAGAGUUCCACUUUUUGAAUUUUCCAAAUUGUUCCUAAUGUCUUCGGAGGAUUGUACUCAAUAUUUAAGAUGCGAUUGUGAAAUAAAAAGGAUCAUAAAGUUGCAAGAUUAUGCUUCAGAGAAUUUUUCGGCUUGUAAGGAUAAAAUUGUGAGAAAUUAUUGAAAAAAAAUAGUACGAGUUAGAUUUUAUGAACCUGUACGUCAGCCAUUUACCAUUUUCGAUUAGAAAUAAUAUUUUUAUCUCCCUUUGAUAAGAUGCUUGACCUCGAUAGCAAGCUUUAUUUAUUUUCCUAAACAGCCGACUAUAGUUAUCAUUCCGAACACUUCAAAACCACAGAAUUUAACUUUAAGUUUUCACCUUCACCCGUUUUCAAACAAAAGUUUCCAUUCAACCCUACAAACGUCACUCUCUAGAAAGUUCAGCGCCACCUGAGAAAAAGAAAAUCAAAAAGCUCAGACGUUGGAACAAAUGUUGCCAUUUAAUGGUGUGAGUCUCGGGUCUGAGAAAAAAAAAGAAAAAGACACGAGGAAUCGAAAUAAUCGGCUCAAAAGUUGGGAAAGAUUUCUUUGCAGUCUUUCGGAAAAUUUCAAACAACUUCCUUCAUUCAAAAAAAGUGUUCAAAGUUUAUAAAAAAAAUCAAAAAAAUUUGCUCUUUAGGUUAUCUUUUUUUAUGACUGACUGAUUUUUCGAGCUCGCGAGUUAGGUCUGAAACCAUUUAGGCGUUUUAAAAAUUCUCACGUUGCAACAUACUUUUCAAAAUAUUUCAAAAGGCCUUUGAAGACUUUUGAAAAAAUUUCCAGGACCGUGACCAUGUAGAGAAUUCUCAAACUCUGCAAGUCGGGAAACUGUGAAAAAGUAAAAAUUGAUUGAAAAAAUUUCAAAAGGUUCGCCAUUUCCCAACUCUUCCACGUGACUAUCUACGACGCCAAGGCGCGUUUCGCCAUUUCUCUUUUGAUUUCUCGACUCAUUUCAUUUCUUCCAACAGCCGACGCCGCGUGGCUCGGCCCAUUGACCUGACAGUUGUCAGUCGUGAUCGAUUCGGCCACGCCCCACCUCAAGUUGGUGCACUCGUUCCACUCACUCUGGCCUCGAUGGCUGCUCAGUUCGAAGGUGUCGAGAAGGCUCUCGCCGAGGGCCUCGAAGGCCGAAACCUCGAGGAGGUCUACCGCAUUUUGUACGGCAGGAAGGCCAGGUUUGCAAACCGCUUUAUCGCAAACGUCGAAGGCUUAUCUAAGUAGGGAGGUCAUUUUAGUUUACGGUUUGGAACUUUCGACAGGUUCGCUCGAAUACUUUUUGAAGGUUAAGAUAUCUGAAAGGCAAAUUUUAGUUUUCUAGAUUAUUUUUUCAAAGUUCGAAAAGAAAAACUCAUCUUUCGCCAAUUUAAAAGUCAUAUCUAGAACUAGAAGUUGGCGACUAGGAGUCAUCCCCAUCUAAAUCUUCGAAGAAAUUGAGAUAAUUAUCAGAAAAUUCGAAGUCGCAAAAGUAAAAUGACCUCCCGUGUAAAUGAAGCUUUGAAAUGAAUUAGAUUUCUCGUUCAUCUCACUAUUUUUCUUCAUGAAGUUCUAUUUCGAAAUAAAAUAAAGUUAGAUCUGAAAAAAAUGUUUUUUUGGCAAUGCUAUUUUGAUUUUUCAUACAGUAUGAAUCGUAAAUAAUCGGUAUUUUUCACAUUUAUUAUAUAAAAACUUUCUUCCUGGUGUCUAUUGUGAGCAACGCCCUUUAUUUCUCAGCAAUUGAGAAUAUAAAUUCUCCAUUUCAGUCGAUAAAUGUAAUUUUACUUAUUAAUGAUGUUAAGUGUUUACGACAUCCCGAAUGAUCUCCGAAAAUCGGCCGAAGCGAACAAAUUCCAGUUGAGUGGCUACGUCGUCGAGGCUGGCGGCGAGCAGCUCAGAGCUCCUCGGAAGGUUCCUUUUUUUCAUUGGUGAAAAUUCAUCUGGGCCUGUCACAAAAAGCUCUUUUUAGCAGACUUUGUGAGCCAAAAAUCACGAAAAAUGUCAUGUUAAGGUGCGGAUAGCCGCGAUCCAAAACGCGAUAGUCUUGCCGACGACGGCUCCUGUAGAAGAGCAGCGGAACGCGAUCCAUCAAAGAGUCGGCCUGAUGAUCGAACACGCCGCUCUCGCCGGAGCCAACAUCGUCUGUCUACAGGAGGCCUGGAGUACGUCUUCAACCUUCUGUCCGUCUUCUCAUCACUUGAGAUUUCAGCUAUGCCGUUCGCCUUUUGCACUCGGGAACGUUUGCCUUGGACCGAGUUCGCCGAAUCUGCGCUCCAUGGCAUCACUACGCAGUUCUUGAGCAAGGUUAUUUUUGCAACAGCUGAAUCGUUAGCUUAACCUCCGGGUUAACAAGAACCUAGUAUAGCUGCAUUUAAGUGAAUUUAGUACGACUGAAAUGUUUGCAAACGAGAAAAUAGUUUUUCAAGCUUUCUCUGCAUUUCUGAGAAUUUUUUGCCUUUUUUUUUACUAUGAAACAUAUUUGCAAGUACAGCGAGACAGGAAAGGCAUAAUUUUCUCCAUUUUUUCAUUUUUUUUUAGCUGGCUCGCAAGCUUGACAUUGUUAUCGUGUCGCCGAUUCUGGAGCGCGACGAGGAGAAAGAUGACGUCAUCUGGAACACGGCGGUGAUCAUCUCCAACCACGGCACAGUCAUCGGUCGCACACGGAAGAACCACAUUCCUCGAGUUGGCGACUUCAACGAGGUUUGUGGAACUCCAGCUUAGGCGGAAUUGAGGCAGGGGCGGGGAAGAUGAUCGGAAAGUAAAUGUCAGUUAGAAGGCUUCAAGAAGUUCUUUAGAAAGGUGUUCAGAAAGUUAUUGGAAGGUCAAAAAAUGAAAAUUACGAGAAGCCUUCGAGCUGGCUUUUAGUAGGUCAGUUAGGAAGCUGAAUAGAUGAAGCCAAGAACAUUUUCUGGAGCCUUUCAAAUUUCAAAAGAAAGUAGAAGCCUCUUACAACUCUCCGUACACCCUCCAGACAGCUUCCGGACAGCUUCCAGGAUUCUCCAAAUAUUGAUCUGAAGAAUAAAGACUGAUUUCAGUCGACAUACUACAUGGAGUCGCAACUCGGCCACCCAGUCUUUGAGACUAAAUUCGGCAAGAUUGCGGUCAACAUCUGUUACGGUCGUCAUCAUCCUCAGAACUGGAUGAUGUACGCUUUGAACGGCGCCGAAGUCAUCUUCAAUCCGUCGGCGACUGUUGGAGGACUCAGGUAUGAAAGUAGUUCAGAAAUAGAAGAAAAGGUUGUUUUUCUGAAGUUACUCAAUUUACUCUGAAAGCAAAAACCGGUGUAUUUUAUAUAGGCCUAUGUUCGAAGUUGAAAUGCUUCAGAACUCCUAAAUUUCGCUGAUUUGAUCUAACGAAAAAUCUUAUUGCUGCAGUGAGCCUUUGUGGGGUAUCGAGGCGAGGAACGCCGCCAUCGCCAACCACGUCUUCACCGUGGCCAUCAACCGCGUCGGCACCGAAGUCUUCCCCAACGAGUUCACUUCAGGAAACGGACUUCCAGGUGAAAUGCUCCUUCUCAAUCAUACUCAAAAAACCUUGUGUUUUUUUUUCUGUCUCUUAUUUUGUUAUUCAUUCCGCAAUUGGGUUAUAAAUUUAAAAAAGCAUCGUAAUGGUCUUAGUUCCGAGAUCAUUUUCUCUUAACUCGUUUCUUCAUUUUGAUACUGUUUGUGAUUUUAAUGAGGACGGAUACCAAUAAUGCCCAUAUAUAAACUGAUCAUAUCUCUUCUUUCAAACUGAAAAUAUUGGAAAUUUUCAGCCCACAAAGACUUCGGUCACUUUUACGGUAGCAGUUACAUUGCAGCUCCAGAUGGCAGUCGGACGCCGGUUUGAUUUUUUUCUUACCUGGAAACAUUUUUAAAAAGUUUUUUUCAGAAGAAUAAAACAAUAACAUUCAGAAGAAUAACAUUUAAAAUUAUAAAUAAUUUUAUUUUUUUCUGAACGAAAGAGAAAUCUCAAAAAAAGUUGGCUUAAAAAGCGACACCUCUCGAGUUAAUGAGACGUCUUUUUAAAAAAAUAAGAUUUUUUUAGAUUGAAAGGAGAAAAAAAUGAUUCGAUUUUUUUCCGGAAAUCUUUCAUCGUCGGAAUUUCAGAGUCUUUCCCGGGUAGAGGAAGGCGUCCUGAUAGCUGAAGUCGACCUAAAUUUGUGUCGCCAAACCAAAGACAACUGGGGAUUCAGAGUGGGUUUUUCUUUUUUGAAUUUAGAAGUUCUUUCAAAAGAUCCGUGAGUAUCAAAAUCUUUAUGAUAUAGAAUUUUUUUGGUCUCACCGAGAGGUGACUCUAUUCAGAGAAGAACUUUCCAAAAUUUAGCUGGAAAGCUUUUUUAUUGAGAACCAACAGUUGAUAAGUAUCAAUGGAAAAACAAGCUAGCAAGUCUAGCAAUCGAAAAACUAUAUUUUUCGAACGGUUGAUUUAUUUUAAUGAAAGGAAAACAAAAUGUUUGCAGAUGACAAACCGGCUGGAGUUGUACGCGAAAUCGUUCACAGACGCCGCCGACCCCAACUACCGGCCGCCGAUUAUCCGCGAAAACUGA